GACCAAGGUGAUGGAGAACGAAGAUCAAAGAGGAAGAAGAGAGAACAAAUAUCGAGGCAUACGACGAAGACCAUGGGGAAAAUAUGCAGCGGAGAUACGUGAUCCUAAUAGGAAUGGUGCACGUCUAUGGUUAGGUACUUUUGAAACAGCUGAAGAAGCGGCUAGAGCUUAUGAUAGAGCUGCCUUUUCUUUAAGGGGCCAUCAAGCCAUUCUCAACUUCCCUAAUGAUGGACAUUAUCAUAUCAAUAAUAAUACUAAUGUACCUCUAGGUCUUGGAUCGAGCUAUAACGUUCCAUCUACAAUGGUGAACAAUAUGAACAUGUCCUCUUCUUCUGCUUCUGCUUCGGCUUCGGCUUCUUCUAAUCAUCGACUUGAUCAUGGAGAGAAGGUUGAAUUUGAGUAUUUGGAUAACAAUCUUCUGGACGAGCUUCUUGCUUCACAAGUUCAUCGCCAUGAUAAUAAACGUCCUAAGUUUUAG